GCCGGCGCGCACCGGGAGGGGGGCCCCGCGGGGUGGCGAGAGGCUACAGGCCGCGGGGCGGGCGCGCAGUCUCAGUCCAGCCGAGUCCACCAUGCAGACGACACUCUACUGCGCGGUGCUCCUCGCCGUCCUGGCCGCCGCCCACGGCGCCGGGUUUAAAUGUCCCGACCAAAAGUAUGACCUGUACGAGGACGAAGAGUACUGCGACAAGUACUACGAGUGCAACGACGGCAAAUCCGUGGAGAGGAACUGCCCCGACGGUCUCGUGUUCGACCCCAACAACCACAAGAUCAUCAACCGUUGCGACGCUCCGUUCAACGUAGACUGCGGCGAGCGCCUCAAACUCCAGCCCCCCAAGGAGACCCCCAACUGCCCCCGCGCCAACGGCUUCUUCGCCCACCCCAACCCCUCCGUGUGCGACAUCUUCUACCAGUGCAUCGAGGGCGAGUCGACCGAGAGCCGCUGCCCGCCCGGCCUGCACUUCGACGAGUACCAGGGCGUGUGCGCCUGGCCGGCCACCGCCAAGAGGGAGGGCUGCCAGGACGCCACCUCAAACAAGCUGAAGGACGGCUUCCAGUGCCCCACCGAGCCUAAGCUGGACGGCAACGGCCAAGCCCUCGCGCACCCGCAGUACGCCCACCCCACCGACUGCCAGAAGUUCUACGUGUGCCUCAACGGGGUGCAGCCCCGCGAGCAGGGCUGCUCACUUGGCGAGGUCUACAACGACGAGAUCGGCAAGUGCGACGACCCGGACAACGUGCCAGAGUGCGCCGACUGGUACAAGGACGACCCAGAGGUUGCCGCGAUCAAGCAAAAGCAGGCUGCAAAGGACAAGAAGAAAUUUGACAGAAAUAAUUAGACUUAACUCAAUGAAAGUAUCGAGUUACUUAACAGAUCGAUAGCGCCAAGCCAAACUAUCUCAAAUAUGAUACAUUUUUCCCUUGCACUAGAACAGAUCAAAAUUAAACAUCACCGUGAGGCGAGGUCUGUGACAAGGCAAUCAAAAUUAACUUUAACGGUUUGGAACACAACCUUGAAAGACGGUUAGAAAAUUCAUCAGGUUCCAUAUUGGAGAAUUGAGUGCCUUUCGUGCCCCACGCAGAGCGUCUGCAGGUAGCUCUGGCUCUUCCUACCGUUUUACUUUUUUUUUGCGAAAAGAAAUGUCUUCGCUUUCGGAGACUCUGGUUGUGUAACAGGGCCACGUUGUGCUACCUGUUCCAAAAGGUCACCGUUUGACAAUAUUCCCACUGCCACAACCAGUUCCCCCCGACCAGUGGGUCACAAGUACAACGCGGCAGACUGAUAGAAAAUGUUAAUGUUUUAUCAUUUUUGACAUUGUAAGCAGUUGUCAUAGUCAUCUUCAUAAUAAUUUUUAGUGUAAGUGUUUUAUAAUUUGUGUUUGUAAAUAAGACUAAGGUAAUUAAAAUGUUUUGAUAGUAA